GUUCACCGGAGCAUCAAGAGGAAACAGCAUCAUCUGUUUAUUGACACAUGAGAUUUGUAACAAGAGGAGCAUCAGAAUGGUCUUUCAGGUUUUGAUUCAGUUUGGUUCAAAAGAGGAAAAAGCGAUCGUUGUUGCGGAGUCAAGUGAACAAUUUAAUAAUACCACCAUUCUUGAGAUAAAGCACAAAUUCAUUUCUUCAACUCCCGGAGCGCCCGGGCCAGAGAGAUUACGGGUGGUGCUGGAGAAUAAACAAUUAGAGGAUGACAAAACAUUUGCCUUUUAUAAUAUCGAACAUUUAUCUGUUCUCACUUUUGUGAUGAGAAUGCCCGGUGGGAAAGACUCGUUUGACUCACUCCGAAGAAUGACGUGUAUGAAAACAUCAUGUCAUAUUUAAAGAGACGGAACCUUCAGCGGAACCUCAUCUUAUACAUAUAAUUUUAGUUUAAGUUGUUCUAUGUUUAUCUUGCUAAGCUAAUUUUUCAUCUCAGUGUGAAGGAUUCUCAAUGCUCAAAUGUAUGUUUUAAUAUUUAUGUACAGGUCCUUCUCAAAAAAUUAGCAUAU